UCGGUGAAGGCCUCCGUGCACGGCGAGCGCGCGCGGACCCUGCACCGGCCGCGGAGCCGCUAUGCGCCCGCCCGGUCCCGGGCGCCGCGCCGCGCGAACACCGGCCUAGACCCAGGAUCGGAACCACAAGAUGGCUGCCCAGGACCCUGGGGGCAUUAGCCCUCUCCAGCAAAUGGUGGCUUCCGGGGCUGGAGCUGUGGUCACCUCCCUCUUCAUGACACCCCUGGACGUGGUGAAGGUGCGCUUGCAGUCCCAGCGCCGCCCCUCAGUGGCCUGCGGGAAGUGCCUCCUGUACUGCAAUGGGGUCCUGGAGCCCCUUUACCUGUGCCCAAACAGUGCCCGUUGUACCACCUGGUUUCAGGAUCCUACCCGUUUCACUGGCACCAUGGAUGCCUUUGUGAAGAUUGUGCGGCAUGAGGGCACCAGGACCCUGUGGAGCGGCCUCCCGGCCACCCUGGUGAUGACUGUACCAGCCACUGCCAUCUACUUCACCGCCUAUGACCAACUCAAGACUCUCCUGUGUGGUCGAGCCUUGACUUCUGACCUCUAUGCACCAAUGGUGGCUGGCACGCUGGCCCGCUUGGGCACUGUGACUGUCGUCAGCCCCCUGGAACUGGUACGGACAAAGCUGCAGGCUCAGCAUGUGUCCUACCGGGAGCUGGGCAUCUCUGUGCAGACCGCGGUGGCUCAGGGAGGCUGGCGUUCCCUGUGGCUGGGCUGGGGGCCCACUGCCCUUCGGGAUGUUCCCUUCUCAGCCCUCUAUUGGUUCAACUACGAGCUGAUGAAGAACUGGCUCAGUGGACCCAGACCAAAGGACCAGACCUCCGUGGGCAUCAGCUUUGUGGCUGGUGGCAUCUCAGGGACGGUGGCAGCCAUCUUGACUCUGCCUUUUGACGUGGUGAAGACUCAGCGCCAGGUUGCUCUGGGAGCAAUGGAGGCUAUGAGAGUGAGACCCCCACAUGUCGACUCCACCUGGCUGCUGCUGAGGAGGAUCCUGGCCGAAUCGGGCACUAAGGGACUCUUUGCAGGCUUCCUCCCGAGGAUCAUCAAGGCUGCCCCCUCCUGUGCCAUCAUGAUCAGCACCUAUGAGUUCGGCAAAAGCUUCUUCCAGAAACUCAACCAGGAACAACUAACUACAGGGCCCUCGAAAGGGGCCAGGGGCUGAGGACCCCCAUCUCUUCCAGAGAUGGGGGUGCAGGGCCAGAGGAGACUGAGCCAAGUGCCUUUCCCUCAGCACUGAGGAGCAGGAGCGGGGCCCUGCAUCCCUUCCCACC